AUGAGUGAAAAUGAUAAAAAAAUUAUUGACCAAGAAACUGUGCAUAUAAGACAACUUUUAAAAGAUCAAGAAGAUGAAAUUAAUAUUGAAAAGAAAAAAUAUGAUCAAUUACUUGAAAUGUUUUCUAAUGUCAAGAAGAAUGUAGCUGAUACUGUAAAAGAAUCUUUACCUGAAAUCUUAAAAGAAACACUUAAAGGUACUAAUAUUAGUGAUGAUAUAAAAAAAUUAGUAACUGAUAAAACAGAAGAAAUGAUUGAAAAAAUAAGUGAAAAAAUUAAGGGUGUAGGGGUCGAAGAAGAAAAAAAUUUUAUGAAAAAUAUUCAAAGAAAUAAACCUUUAACAGAUAAACCAAUUGAUGAUAAUGUUCAAGCAUUACAAGAUCCUAAUUUAGAUUAUGAAGAAAAAGAAGAUCUUUUAAGAAAUGAUAUAGAACUUGAACAAUGGAAAGAAAUAUAUGCAAAAUUACUUCAAAAACUAGGUAAUAUCAAAAAUGAUAUUGCUGAUGCUGUAAAAGAAUCUCUACCUGAAAUCUUAAAUGAAGCACUUAAAGAUAUUAAUAUUGGUGAUAAUAUUAAACAAGCAAUAACGAAUGAAACAGAAAAAGUUAUUAAUAAAAUUGAUGAAGAUCCAAAAUAUGAUGAUUUACAAAAACAAAUUGACGAUUUGAGAAAUACUCAAAGACCAGUUUAA